ACGGGUCUUACGGGAACACGUCGUUACAUGGCACCUGAAGUCAUCCGUUGCGCUCCUUACGGAUUUAGCGCUGAUGUCUAUGGCUUUGGAAUCCUCUUUUGGCAAAUGAUUUCGCUCAAGACUCCGUUUGAGAAGUACGACACGAACAAGCUCUACGAUCAUGUUGUCGUAGCCGGCAAACGCCCGGAAGCCGUGCACGGUCUACCAAGCAUGCUUCAUUCCAUGAUGGAAGACGCGUGGUCCGUCGAAACAUCGAAGCGUCCUACUUUUAAGCAGAUUUGUCAGUACUUGCAAGCCGAAAUUGCU